GGAUUAAUCUCUCUCCUCUCUCCUCUCUCCUCUCUCCUCUCUCCUCUCUCCUCUCUCAUGGUUCCAUGUCUUUAAGUGCUUUGUUACUUUAACCCCACCGCCCACUUACACACUCACCAAGGAUUCUCCUUUUCUUUAUCUAUCUAACGCCGUCUCCUGAGGAUAAUACCAGGGAACUUCUCUUUUCUGAUUUCUCUCCCUCCCUGCUCUGUAGAAACAGCUUCUCUGUUGCAGGAUUGACCUUGAUUCUCUCUUCCUUAGGAAAGGAAAAGGAUAACUCCCUCUUUGAUUUUCAAGUUUGGAAUUACGGAGGAUGCAAUAAGACAGUUUCGGGAAUUCAAGGUUGAGAAUACUAAGCCAUUCGAGAUCCCUACAGGUUAAAGAUGAUGAUGUAUGAUGAAAUAGGAUUUUGUGGUGACAUGGAUUUCUUCUGUGCUCCGAUCGGGGAAGAUGUAGCUGCUUCACAACCUGAACCGGAGCCUACAGUGGACGAUGAUUAUAGUGAUGAGGAGAUUGAUGUUGAUGAGCUCGAGCGUAGGAUGUGGAAGGACAAAAUGCGUCUUAAAAGGUUGAAAGAACAGAACAAGAGCAAGGAAGGUAUUGAUAUCGCUAAGCAGCGGCAGUCCCAGGAGCAGGCUAGGAGGAAGAAGAUGUCUAGGGCCCAAGAUGGUAUCUUAAAAUAUAUGUUAAAGAUGAUGGAGGUUUGUAAAGCUCAAGGUUUUGUUUAUGGGAUUAUCCCGGAGAAGGGAAAGCCGGUGACUGGAGCAUCUGAUAAUCUUAGAGAGUGGUGGAAGGAUAAAGUCCGGUUUGAUCGAAAUGGUCCGGCUGCUAUAGCCAAGUAUCAAGCAGACAAUUCAAUCCCAGGCAAGAAUGAGGGUUGUAAUUCUAUUGGUCCAACUCCACACACCCUGCAAGAACUUCAAGAUACCACCCUUGGUUCACUCUUAUCAGCACUGAUGCAGCACUGUGACCCUCCUCAGAGGCGAUUUCCGUUGGAGAAAGGUGUUCCUCCACCGUGGUGGCCUACUGGAAAUGAAGAGUGGUGGCCGCAACUAGGCUUACCUAAGGAUCAAGGCCCUCCUCCUUACAAGAAGCCUCAUGACUUGAAGAAGGCAUGGAAGGUUGGGGUUCUUACAGCAGUCAUUAAGCAUAUGUCUCCUGACAUUGCCAAGAUUCGUAAGCUUGUGAGACAGUCCAAGUGCUUGCAGGACAAGAUGACGGCCAAGGAAAGUGCAACUUGGCUUGCAAUUAUCAACCAAGAGGAGGCCUUGGCACGAGAGCUUUACCCCAAUUUGUGCCCCCCUCUCUCAUCAGCUGGGGGGAGUGGGUCUUUGGUCAUUCAUGAUUGCAGUGAGUAUGAUGUUGAAGGGGUUGAAGAUGAGACGAAUUUUGAUGUGCAGGAGUGCAAACCUGAGAACAUUAAUUGUUCCAAUCUUGGAAUGGAGAGGAUGAGGGAAAGGCUGCCCAUUCGACAACCUUAUCCAAUUAAGGGGGAAACUAUUACCAAUGUUGACUUCAUUAGAAAGAGAAAGCCUUCCAGUGAUAUAAACAUUAUGGUGGAUCAGAAGAUCUAUACAUGUGAGUUUGUUCAAUGUCCUUACAGCCAACUUCGCCUGGGUUUCCAUGACAGGACAUCUAGGGAUAAUCAUCAAUUAACUUGCCCAUACAGAAGCUCUUCUUUAGAGUUUGCAGGGUCAAAUUUUCAUGUUAAUGAAGUGAAGCCUGUGAUCUUUCCUCAAUCCUGUGCUCAACCAAAGCCAGCUGCUCCAAUGGUGAACGCAGCUCCACCUGCCUUUGAUUUAUCAGGAGUUCCAGAAGAUGGGCAAAAGAUGAUCAGUGAGCUCAUGUCAAUCUAUGACACAAGUAUCCAAGGCAACAAGAACACAAAUUCUGGCAACAGUGGAAUCACUGAAAGUCACAAUCUGUUCCAGCCAAAGAUUCACCAUCAACCAGACAACUACUUCCGAGGUCAAUGCAACGUGAUCGAAGGAAACAUCUUCGACGAGUCAAACAUCCACAAUAACCAUCAAAUGUUUUCACAGGAUAGUGGUCAAUUUGACAGGUUUAAAGCUUUGAAUUCUGCAUUUGAAAGCAAUCAGCAGCACAGCAACAACAACUGCAACAACAGCUUCAAUCUGAUGUUCGGGUCUCCAUACGAUCUGUCUUCGUUCGACUACAAAGAGGACUUGCAGGGGUUGGUAAUGGAUUCUUUGCCAAAGCAGCAGGAUGCUUCAAUAUGGUUCCAGUAAAGAAAGGAAAUUGCAAUUCACUCUACAGGAACACUGGUGUUCUUUAGAGAUGUGGCCUAUAUUACUCUUUUAGACGUUUGCAAAACAGUGAAAGCUUUCACUGGAUAAGAAGUGUUAUCAUUUACUUUAUUUCCCUUAUCUUGUAGUGACUAGAACUUGUUAGAUAGUUAAAGCAGGGUGGUGAAAAUGGGCUAAUAAGGAGAUUAGCAAGUCCCAUAAAUUUACACCUGCUGUUGAUUGCUAUAUACAUAAUGACUGUGAAAUAAAUAAGUAUUAGCUAUGUUUUUAUGGGUUGGGGAGGUUGUGCUUCGUUUCAUCAGAUCAGAUCAGAUCAGACCAUUGUGGUUAGGAAUCUGAUGGGGGUAGGGGGGGUUUUUUGAUUAAAUUGUCUUGUAAUGGGUACAUGUCUGGUUCUUGCUGAAUGGAAAGAGUUGUCUUUUUGUGAA